AGUAGAAGCGAAGCUCUUGCUCCUUAAUUGGAGCAAACCUGCCCCCGCGUGGCCAGAAUGCUGCAGCUGAGGGAUGCAGCCUCCUGCGUCCAAGCCAGCGGCUGGCGCCUCCUUCCAGUUGAUUGGCUCGGGGCGGUGCCCUCUGCGGAAGCUGCAGACGAAGUGAGGGGCUAGCGGGCGCCAUGGUCCAGCUCUACAACUUGCACCCCUUCGGUUCUCAGCAGGUCGUGCCGUGCAAGCAGGAGCCGGAGCUCUUCUGCUGCGGCCGGGAUGCACUCUUGGUGGCCUGCGCGCCGAGCGCCUGCAGGGUGGAAGUCUUCCCGGUGGGCCGCUCCGAGCUGUGCCAGCCGCUCGGCUCUUUCAAUACUUUGGGCCGGGUGCUGCGGAUGGCGUACAGCGAGGCCGGUGACUAUGUGGUUACUAUUGAGGAGAAGAACAAGGCCAUCUUCUUGCGAGCUUACGUGAACUGGAGGUGUCUGUCAGCUGGGAGCUCUCGGGUGUGCGUGCGGAUGUUGGGCCAUAAUCCCCAUGCCUCCUACCCUGAAGCUUCGAAAGAGCAGAUGUCCAUUAUAGAGAUGCCUCUUUCGGAUCCUCCCUUGUGCUUCUCUUGUUGCCCUCUCAAGGGAGAUCUCCUUGUUGGCUGCAAGAAUAAGCUGGUCUUGUUCUGCUUGAAGCAGUUGGUGGUGAGCCAGGAUCUGACCAUAUUGGACUUUGAACGCUCCUUAAUUCUGCACAUACAAAAUGUCACCCCUGCAGACAUUGCCUUUUGUGCUGGGUAUGUAGCCAUAACAGCAGAACUAGAAGUCCUAAUUCUCAAACUGGAAUCAAGUGAAAAGGUGGCUGGCAGUACUAGACAGCAUCACUAUGAAUCCAAAGGACCAGAAGAGGUUGCUAAUGAAAGUGUGUUGGAAGAAGCCGAUUCAUCUCAACAGCCUGACUGCGAUGACUUUGUUAUCUGUCAGCAGCCUGUGGAGCUUCUUGGGGAUGAAAGUGAGUUGUGCGGAAUACCAGUUACUCUGGAGUCAACAGGUUUAGUCAGUGAGAAUCCACACUUUCAAAUGCAGUACCUUCUGUACAGGCGGUUUAGUCCAGAUCUGUCUUCAUUUGUCUUCUCUUCUGAAGAAUCCAAACUUCAUUCUCUUCAGCUGCUACCCAUGUACAAGUUGGGGAGCUCCAUGAAAGCUGAGGGAAGAGAGACAGCCAAGCGAGAACUGCUAAGUCUUUUCUGUUUUUUCUCUCUGCCUCAUGUUGGGUACCUCUAUGCAGUUGGCAACCUGAUAGAGCUGAUUUCUACUUACCAGUAUUCAGAGAAGUCCCAGCAGGCGGUUCUGACACCCCAGUUCCUACAUGUCAUCACAAGCAACAACUUGCAGUGCUUUACAGUAAGAUGCAGUGCAGCAGCAGCUCGUGAUGACGAUCCAUACAUUGAUACAACCCUCAAGGCUUGUCCCCCAGUGCAAUUAGAUGUUUGUACCUUGAGAAUGCAGCUCUUUAUAGGGCUGAAAGCUAUUUCUCAUUUCAAGAACCAUGUAAUAGUUCUGACAAAGGCAGACACUGAGGACCAUACAGAGAAGAAAAAGCCUUCAAGAAGAUUCCUCUCAAGAAAGGCCAAUAACCAGUCCAAGGUUCCACCAGAAUCUGAACCAGGCUGGAAUCUAUACAUUGUGAAAACAGCUUCAAUUCUUCAACUUUAUAGAGAAAUGGUCGACUACUGUAAAACCUACGAAAAUGUGAGAACAGAGAGUUGCAUCCAUCUUCUCAGCGAGGCUCACUUGUUAGUCAGGACAGCUUUAAUGGACUUUGACUUGAAAGAAUUGAAAGAGAAGGAAGACCUCCUUGCAGCAUUUCAGGAAAGCUGUGCUCUCCUAGGAGAUUGUUACAGCAGGUUCGAUACCAAAGAUUUCCACCUUGCACUGCCUUACUACAAGAUGUCUGGUCUGUCCAUGGCUGAAGUUUUGGAAAGGGUAGAUUUGAGCUCUCAGAAUGAAAUGCACACGUAUGGAAAGGGAUUUAUAUUUUACUUGCAUCAUGUCCUUUAUGAAGACACCAAUGAGGAGCUGAGUGAAGACUUGGCAGUGAAAGUGCUCCAAAUAUUCUACCUUGCUGAGCCUAACCAGAUGCCCCACGUCAUCUGCAGCCCAUGCACCAAAAACGUAUGUCCUGAAAUGGCGAUGGACUACCUGGAGAAGGUGGAAGUGGUAGUGCCAUCAGUGGUGGUGACCCUCUGCAAGGCUUCUCUGGCUCUGAAAAUGGGUGAUCAAAUCAGAUGCCAAGAGGAGCUGGACAACUAUGCAGAGAUGAUCCAGGUGUGUGGUUUUAUUGUGGAACCAAGACUCCUGAGACAGCAAAUUAAAGGGCAGAUUAGUCCAACUGAACUUGCUGUCUACCUGCGGGAGACGAGACCUGGAUUUCUCGUGGCUUCGGUACUGGCUUUACAUGAGAACAGUAAAAUGGAAUUGGAAGAAGCAGACUCUUACAUCAAGAUGCUGAGUGCCAAGGAGGGAGAUGGUGUUCCCCAGCUCUUAGUGGACUUCUGGGAAGCUCUCCUUGUAGCCUGCUUCCAGGAAGAAGUGGUGCGGGAACUGCAUUUUAAACUUGCUUCCCAGUACAUUUGGAGGCUGUGUAGGAAGGAGUUUCCCGAUACGAAGCCGCUGAAAACCACAGAAGAUCUGGUAAACUCCUGUAGUCAUUAUGGACUUAUUUUUCCUUGGAUUUCAUUCAUGAUGUCAUUAGCACCUCCUUCGGAGCAGAACUCUUCUGAAGAUCUUUCAAAAUUACAGUCUCUCCUAUGCAGCCCACACAUCGAUGUAACUUCUAUCCUGUCAUUUCUGGAAACCCUUCCUGACAACACCAUUUCCGGUCUAAGCAUCCAUAUUCUUUGCAAUACACAGUUAAGGCAGUAUGAGACGGCCAUAGACAGACUCUUGGAGAGGUGCCCUGAAGCAGUCAUUCCUUAUGCCCAGCAUGAGUUGAAAGAUGAGCAUCAGGCUCUGUGGUGGAAAAAGCUCCUUCCUGAGCUCUGCAGAAGAAUCAGAUAUCCUGGAGACAACUAUCCUGUCCUCCUGUCUUCUCUGAAAGAAACAUUAUCCGUCCUCGCUUUGGAACUGGAACUGAGGGACUUCCUAAAUGUUCUGCCCGAAGAUGGUAAUGCAGCUUUUUUCCUGCCACACCUCCUUCAGUGCAGCAGAAGAAGACCGGUGACCUGAACACCGUGAAAAGCACUGUGUGACCUCCAAUAACUUUGGCAAGAACACCUUCUAGAAAAUGGACCAAAUGGCCUUUCCUUCACAAGGCAGUUAUGAAUAAAAAGGCCUGUGAUGCUCAAAGUCACUUAUGUUGGAGGAAGCCUUCCAACAUCGUUGAGGAUGCAGGCUCAAUAUGAAGGGUAUUACUCUAACAUAUCCUUGUGGAUAUUGGAAGAAUAUAGGGUUCACUCUUGGCCUUGAUCACGUGUGGCUUGAAAUUCACAUGAAGGACACUCAUAACCUUGAUGAUUUGUAAAGCGUCCUUAUUUCUACUGAUUGUGGUUACUACUUUCCAGUGUUUUUUAGAAUUCUAUUUACACUGUGUGCAGAAAGCAGGACAAAAUCCUUCAGUAAGUAGGUGGUCCAAAUACACUCUCAUACUAGGGAUACAAUUCCAAACAAACCUGUCUUUCUGAGCCAUCAGUGUGUGGUGUAGUUAUAUCCAACCACCAAAACUUCUGAAUAGCUCAGUGGCAUCAACGAGACAUUUUUCUGUACCCAAGGACCAGUAAGUUGCUGAAAAUGCAGCUCUGAUUUGCAGUAUCUGAGCUGGAUGAGCGUGCAGCAGAUUGUAUCCAAUAGCAGCUUGUUCCUGCUUCAAGAAUUAUUUCUAAGGAGGCUGUCUCUCGUUCAGUCGCAAGAACCAGCCAGUAUAAGCAUUAUUAGGCCAGACCUCUUUGAUUCCUCUUCCUCCUGACAAUCACUUGAACACAGAGUAUUGCACAGAUUUUUCCACAAAUGGUGGCAAAUGUGAUUGUUUUAUUCUGCCUUCAGUCUCUGUCCUGUACAUAAGGAAGCAUCUUUAAAGGUGGUUUAUUGUUCAGCAUUUUUAAGCAUACUACCUACCAGAGGUGUUGCAAUUCUCAGAGGCUGGGAGCACCAUUUGUAUUGUACUUUUUAAAAAUCACUUGGCAUUGGAUGUUUUUAUAGCAUAUUCUACCCAGCCAUUGGGCUUUAGUUUUUAUCAGUUUUUCGGUGAGAGAACAAUAGUGGAAGUAGCGGCAUCCUUAGUUGCAUUGUAGCACUACCUGAGAACAAAUGGUGAGUAUCUGCAAACAAGAAAAAGUAAAGUCCAAACAGGAGUUCUGAUAAUCGUGUGUUAUAAGAAAUGUAUUAAAACAUGCAUUAUAUCACAAUUGUAACACAUUGGUUAGUAUUUAAUUGGUUUAGUCAUUUUGGCCAGAUUGAAAAACAGAAGUUGACCACCUUGUUUGAAUGCUUUAAAAACAUUAAUCUCAUAUU